AUGAACGAAUUGAGAAACGCCAUUAAAGGAAAGACGGACCAGAGUUUGGACAGGAUAGUCAGGAAGACAGAUUCACCUUUCACCGUGGCCAUCCAGGAGUGCCUGGUGCCCUCUAAGUUCCGUCUGCCUCAACUUGAGCCCUUCGACAUGCUGAAAGACCCGCUGGAUCACCUGAAUACAUUCAAGACAACUCUGGGUCUUCAGCAACCCCCUGAUGAGAUUUUGUGCCGCUCCUUUCCCACUACCUUCAAAGGGGCAACCAGGGAGUGGUUCAACAAGUUGCCAACGUCAUCCAUUGAUAAUUUCGAGCAGCUAAGCAGCUACUUUGUCCGUCAUUUUGUCGGCGAACAACGUCCAAAAAGGACUGUUGACCAUUUGCUCACCAUCAAACAAGGAGGGAAGGAAACUUUGAGGUCUUAUGUAACACGCUUCACCCUAGGAAUGCUAGACGUGGAUGAAGCUGACGAUAAGGUGCAGCUUACGACCUUUAAGGCAGGGUUGAAGUCUAGAGAUUUUGUGGCUUCCUUGGCUAAAAAUCCUCCCAAGACGAUGGCAGAGGCGUUAUUAAAAGCACAGAAGUAUAUGAAUGCUGAAGAAGCUUUGGCAGCCAUAAAUGGAGCAGAAAAAACCAAGGAAAAGAAGAAGGAAAAUGAGGAAAAUCGAAGAGGACAAAAAAGAGAUCGGGCUGAUCGACGGAAUGACGAAGGAAAUAGAUGGAGAGAAGACAAGAACCCUCAUCCAAUGAAGUUCACACCAUUAGUGAUGCCUGUUGACCAGAUUUUGACCGAAAUAAGAGUCGAACCAUCUCUUAAAUGGCCUAGGCCACUCCACUCAUCACUUAGUAUGCGCGAUAAGAGAAAAUAUUACCGUUUUCAUAAAGACCACGGGCAUUAUACAGAGGAUUGCAGGGAUCUGAAGGAGCAAAUAGAAGAACUUAUACGGAAAGGGAAACUACAACAGUAUGUGAAAAGGGGAGAUUUUGGCAAAUACGGUUAA